CGUUCCGAACGUCUGCGGCUGCCGGGUAACAUGGUUACAUGUCAGAGAGUAACACUUGAUCAUGGAACAUGGAAUAAAGCGAAAGCGAGCGACUCCGCUGCAGGAGCAGCAUCAGCCGCAACCGCCUGGAGAGUCUCCGGUGCAAUGAAUCCCGCCGCGGCCAGCUUCUGUCUGCAAGAGGAGAGACCCACCAGCGAUCUGUUAGCCAGCAUGUCGGCCUGAUUCCGUUGGCAGGAGAAGGGAUGGAGAAGGCUACCUGGUUGGGCCACUGAACUGUCUGCCUUUCCCACGCUGUUCUGGACUGCUUGUUCCUUUGAAGCUCACAAUGACAGGAUCCAGCUCCAAUGCUUCCCGUAACCCCCACCCCAAAGGAGACAAAGGGGGCCGCUCGAGGAGCUCUCAUGCUCGGCCAAUCACGAAGGCCAACAACGGAGGCUCCGAAGAGGAGGACAAAGAUGGAGGGGUGGUUUUCCUUGUGAACAAAAGUGGCUUUCCAAUCGAUGGGCAAACCUGGGAAAGGAUGUGGGGGCAUGUGGCGAAGGUCCACCCUUCAGGCAGAGAGGUGGUAGAGACCAUAAGGAAUGCUGCCUACCUUGCAAAACCUUUAGUGCCAUCUGUGCCAAACUACAAGGCUUCCAUGACGAUCCCAGAGUGGCUUCAGGCAAUACAGAAUUUCAUGAAGAUGCUGCAAUACAAUCAUACGGGAACCCAAUUCUUUGAAAUUAGGAAAUCAAGACCUCUGAGUGGGUUAAUGGAAACGGCAAGAGAGAUGACCAGGGAAUCUUUACCUAUCAAAUGCCUUGAAGCAGUUAUCUUGGGAAUAUAUUUAACCAACGGGCAGCCUUCUGUGGAACGAUUCCCAAUCAGCUUUAAAUCCCACUUCUCAGGGAACAAUUUUCAUCAUGUGGUGCUUGGAAUUUAUUGCAAUGGCCGAUAUGGAUCACUGGGCAUGAGCAGAAGAUCAGAGCUGAUGGACAAACCUUUGGUCUACCGAACUCUGAGUGACCUCAUCUUUGAAUUUGAAGAGUCAUAUAAAAAGUACUUGCAUUCGGUAAAAAAAGUAAAAAUUGGAUUGUAUGUCCCACAUGAACCACACAGCUUUCAGCCCAUCGAGUGGAAGCAGUUGGUGCUCAAUGUGUCAAAGAUGAUGCGGUCGGAGAUAAGGAAGGAGUUGGAGAAAUAUGCCAGGGAUAUGAGAAUGAAGAUUUUGAAACCCGCAAGUGCCCAUUCUCCAGUCAAGCAGCGUUCACGAGGGAAGUCCCUGUCCCCUCGACGAAGACAAAGCAGCCCUCAGAGGCGGGCCUGCAGAAGAGACAAAUCGCAGAAACUGAAUCCUAUUCGAAUGACUGGAGUGUUCAGGCCAGCUGUGAUGGACAAGAAAGUGGGUGACCUCUCUACACUGAAUGAAGUAGGCUACCAGCUACGCAUCUGACAAAGCCAGAGGCCAAACAAGAUGGCUUCCAGGGUGCUUCUUACCGCACUUUACCCUGUGAUCUGUGGACGAAGGGGAGGGGAGGGAAGGGGCUGCAACUAUUAUGAGCAAAAGGAUUUUAUUUAAGAUUUCAUCUAGAUACUAGGAAUCCUAGAAAUGACAGUGGUGGUAUUUUUAUUUUUAAAUCCAUUAAGUGGAAUCAAGAAAAAAGGGAAAUUAAAAAAUUGACUUUGCCUAUGAUAACAUGGUUACUCGCCAUCAAGUUAAAAAGGAGAGAUACUGUGGUGUGGCUUGGUUUUUGUUUGGAUUGAAAUCAUUGUUUCUGUAGUGGCUAUUUUUUAUGGGCUUGAAGCGUUGUGUGACGUCUGUAGGAUUUAGAAGUGGCAACGAUGAAAGUAUAUUCCUCCGUAGUGCAAAAGUGUUGGGGUGCGGUAGGUUGCAAAUCCAAAGGCAUGGUCCGGCAGGGACAUCCUUUGCACAAGACCCAUUGAAAGGAAUGAGGCUUGGGCAAGUCCGAUUCAUUUCAGUGGAGCUCGAUGCAAGAGAAGCUGUCAGCAGACUGUGUCUCGGGUCCAGUAUUAUAAUGUGACAUUCAGCAAUAAAAACAGCAGUUUAGAGGUCGCGUGAGGUGUUUUUUUUGGGAAGUGUCAAUAUUACCUCAAGAAUCUUUACAAUAGAUAUGCAAAACUGACAGUCUUUUAAUUUUGUAACGGAUUUGUACUGUGUUCCCAGCUUUUCUGGUAGCAGAGCAUUUAUUGCAUCCUUCCUGACCCACCCAUUCGGCCUUAUUCUUCUUACGUGCAUGUGGAUGAAGGAACUGAAAGUAUCAUGAUAUGCAAGUGUCUUCUUAAAAGCACUGAAGUCUUCUUAUUUAUGCUUAGGAUACAGCAAACUGUUGAGGUUAAUUUUUCUGCCUAAAAAAUGAACUGAACUGACAGAUGAUGAUUUUUUUUAAAAAAGACACUUUAAAAAAUAUUUUCUCACAGGCUUUUAAUUUUCACAGACUACAUUCUUUAAGCACAAGUGGCGGGUGGGCGGGGGGAGAAUCAGUGGGCAGGAUCCAGACUAAGCUAGUCAUGACAAAGCACCAUUGAAACAAAUGAAACAAAUUAGUCAUAGCUAACUUUUGUCCCAUUAAUUUCAGUGGCUUAUGUGCAGCCAUGGAAGGCUAGGGUGGGCAUGCUGGCUCAGUGUGAGUCCAAACUGUGUCCUCACUACUACUGAGUUUGGAGAGCCUCCAUGGCUCCUAAGGGUUGCGUCACUGCUACAGCAAUGCUCCUCUAGUUAUUCCCAACAGGAGCAGAGUCGCUACAGUGUUGACAAUUCUUUGAAGCCACAGAGGCUCUCCAAGCUCUAAGAAGUGGGGAUUGGAUUGGACUCGCAUGGAGCCAGUGUGCCCACUCCACUCUUCCAUGGGUGGCACACUGUGCUGUGUGUAACCUACUGGGAUUAAGUCUGGAUCCUACCCAAUGGCUCUAGAGUGAGUGAGUGAGUGAGUGAGAGAGUGUGUGUGUAAGCUCUCAUGUUCACAUGGAGCACUGUGUGUGCUGGAAUUGCUCUCUUUUGUGCAUUUUCUCAGAAGCACAUGCAGUGGGAAAUCCCCAUUACACCUGUGGGAUAUUUCCCACUGUAAAGAAGAAUGGAUAUGUGCAUGAACCAGGGCAGCUUUGGAUCAUACUGAAGACCCGAAGAUCAUUGUUUUGUACAGAUAAAUAUUGUAAUAUUCGUUAAUUGUGUACGUAGAGCAUUCUUAAAAGUAACGUGAGAAUCAGACGGGUUUCCCUUAAGAAUGUACUUUUUCUUCCUCUGUUUUGAUGCCUCUACUUUUCUGGAAUUUAUUUACCAAAAGAGUUGACACUUCCAGGUGAUGAUGUCUUAUCUUAUAUUAAGAUCAGACAUUCUUCUGCAUGAAGUUACAGCCAAUGGUUGAUGUACUAUGCAAAAAUACAUCAGCCUAGUAACAUGGUAUUUGCGCAAUUUGAGCAAAUUGCAUUAUGCAAGAGUAUUUCCAACAGGCUUACUCUUAUGUAAUGCAAUUUGCUCAAAUUGUGCAAACGCAACAUUACUAGACUGAUGUAUUCUUGUAUAAUAUGUCAACCACCAUGUUUGGGGAAAACCAGAAUGGAUUGCAGGCAAACAAAAAUAAAUGAAGGAAUAAACCCAUGGCCAAGGAAAUGUAUUUUAAGAAUGUGGCAAUACAAUUUUGCUUUUGGAGUCUGAACAUACUAAACAUUUAAAAAUAAUAAUAUGUAGCUUUCUUGUUGGAGUUAGGAGAAGAGUUAGGAUAUCUCUAAGGCAGAUACAGUACUGCUGAUCACUUAAACAUGGUUAGGCAUUUGAGAGGAGACCAUUCACUUGCAUGCUUCUUCCCUCUUUAGAGAAAUUUUUGCCUCUCUCCCCUUUCCAGCAUUAACAAUGGUUUUAUGUUAUAUGUGUCCUGAUGUAAACCAUGGUUGAUGCAAGCCAGAUCCCCACAGAAACACAGCCUGCAACCCCACUUCAAACCAUAGUUUCAGUCACUGGUUUACAAGUGAACUGCAGUUUGUGUUGGCAUGUAUGUACUGGCAAACCAUGGUUAAUGCCAGAUAAGGGAGCAGGGAAUGGGAGGGAGUAUCUGAGCCUGCUCCUGGUUUCUAGCUGUGGCUAAGUGAUGACCAGCAGUACAGCUGUGUUGGAAUGAUGUAUCGAAACCUCUAUAAUGUGCAUGGUGACGACCAGGUGCAUUGUAAUGUGUCCAGCACAACUGGCACCCUGCCAAGGCCUGUGGGAUGGGAAAGUAUGGAGAGAGGCAGUCAAGAGACUCCCUGGAGAAUCUCAACAAGCAUCCUCACUUACUUACAAUAUGUGGUUGUGUUCUAGAAAAGUCCAACUCUUGUUAAAAAUCUAAUCAAAGAUAGAUUCUUAUAAAUAAUUGUUCAGAAUCCACUGAGGGCUAAUUUUGCAUGGACUUUCUUCAUCACAGUGAUUUUUAGUCAUCCAGUGAUGAAUUGGACAUAACAUAUGAUUUUUUAAAAAAGGGACUGUGUACCACCCCCCACCCCCAAAUACCUUCUGAGUCUGGAAAUGUUUCCUCUUUUUCUAAAGUGCUAUAAUGUAGGUCUCUGAUUAAGUAUUUUUGGCACAAUCUACCAUGAACUUCUCUUGCACUAGUUCGCUUGAGAUUCAUGUGAGUUACAUUUUCUUAUGUAACACUGGAUUUGGCCAGUUUUCCAAGUACUUUCCAUAAUCGAAUGAAACUUUUUUUUUUUAAGAUGGAUGAAUUACUCUGCAUCCUGGCUUUGUGUUGUUUUCCUUAUGUACAGGUGACUCCUACUCUAUUGCAACAUGUACCUGCAAUUUUUUUAAAUCUUACAAACUGUGAUUUCAAUGACCAGGUUUUUAUCUUGCUAUCAGUUUGACAAAUGCUGUUCUGUUCUGGAUAAGAAACAUGCAUGAUUUUGCUUUUGUUUUUCUCACAAUUUGUAUGUUCAGUGCAGCAUGCAACUUUAAUAAAAAAUGUCUUGGAAGUCUU